CCGGUGUAGGCGCAAGGAUAGUGAAAAAGAGCAAGUGUGGCAACACCACUACUCGUAAUCUCUGUAAGCACAGGUGUAGUAAAAUUAUUUAAUUGAAAAAACCUGUUCACCUUCAGCACACUUAGUGUACAUCUGUAAGAUACAGAAGAAAUUGCACAACAUUUAAAAAAAAAGCAAUUUGGCAAGAGAAGGAAAUUUACUUUGACAAUUAGACUGCCACAUUUUCGAAGUUAUUUAUAUUAUUGGAAAAGUAUCUGAUGAAAAUUACAAUGGAUACCACCUGGAAAUGGCAAUGUAUCAAAAUUUAUAAAAGAAAAGCACCAGAAGAAAAUACUAAAAAGAUAAAUAAGUUGGUCAGCAAAAGUUGUGCUUGUAGAAGAGAUUAUCAUGAAAAGAUAUUAAAAGGGAUUAGUGAAGUUCAACCACACACUAGUUCCAAGUGCAAAUGUAAGAUACAUUUUAAUAGGAGAAUGGUUAAAGAAAAGACUGGUAAACAGAUUAUCAAUUUGAAGUGCAAAUGUCUUAAAAUUUUUAAAGGAAACAUACCAGAGAAACAUAUAAAAAAGAAAAGUAAGUUUGUCAGCAAAAGUUGUACUUGUAGAAGAGAUGUUCAUGAAAAGAGAUUUGGAGGAAUUAGUGAAGUUCAACUACACACUAGUCGCAAGUGCAAAUGUAAGAUAAAUUUUAAUUGGAGAAUGGUUAAAGAAAAUAUUGGGAAAGAUAAGUUUGUCAGCAGAAAGUGUGUUUGCAGAAGAGAGCGGAAGGGAUUACAGUCAAAUGUGAUGUGUUUCAAAUAUAAUUUAAUAUUUGCUUAAUAGUUGAAUUUGGCAUUAUCAUUUUUUCUUUUUUUUUUUUAAAUAUCUUCACAAUUAUGUAACUGGAUCUCUAUGUUUAUUUCGUUUAUAUUGUAUAAUUUUUACCAAAGAAAACUAACUUUAUACUUAUUUUUACCCAAGUGGCUUUCAUGGGCCUUGAAUAUAUAAUUCACAUAAUAAAAUUGUUUUUUAAUUUUUAUAUAAAAGUUAAUUUAUUUAAAACGGUUGAAGCCAAAAUACGGAAAGCGCCGAAUGAUCAGUGGCCGCGGAAAUUUUUAAAACAAACAUUAACAUAUAAACUAUUUUUCACCUCCCUAUAUAUCAAAAUAUAAGAACCUUUCUUCCUUUCUACUAUCUAUCUAAAAAAUAUUUGUUUGCACUCCCGUACGAGAGUUGCUAUUGAGGGAAACUAAAAAACUGAAAAUAUUUUUUCCUACAUUAAUUGAAAUUUACACACUUUCACUUAUCGAGGAUAAUAUCUAUCAAGUGGAUAAUUUUUGUUUCCAGCAGAAAUAUUUGCUUAGACUCCCGUACGACGGUUAGGAUUUAGAUUUUAUUGUAUGUGGCCAAUGUCUGGGCCUUCCUAUUCCUUCCUGCAUCAAAUUUAUCCCUCGUACAAAGGGAGGGGUAUACUUUGUGAACCUCAGGUUUGGAGAUUUCGGUCCCUAAUUUUAAGGACCUGUUUCUUCCUACUGCCUUUUCUUCGGAGUCGUAAUUUUCGUUUCCAGCAUAAAUAUUCGCUUCCACUUCCGUACGAGAGUAGAGUUGUAAACGUAGUAAAACUAAAAAAUUGAAAAAAAAAUUAAUUUGUUUAUUUUUAAG